AUGAGUUCCGUGGCUUCUUCCCGAGCAGUGGUGCUUAUCUGGCUGCUGGUGGUAUUGGUGUGCGAGCAUGUUUCUUCCGCCAAACUCGUUCUCUGGAGGGACGGUGAAGAGAGGUAUCGGACCCUCGUUGGUGUGGUUGGCCAUGAGGGUAGCUGCGAGCCGAGCUGCGUGGAGAAGCGCGAUGUUGUGGUUCCUCCCAAUGUGUUCUACAAGGUGAAAGUUGAGGUGGCCCAAGUGGACAUGCAUUCCAAAGAUGAGCAUGUCAACGUGAAGGUAGGAGGACAGAGUGUGACCUGCAGCCCGAAAGUCGCUUCCGACUACAACUGCUCUUUGGUAGAGUGUGGAAACAUCAAUUUUGGCCGUGUGGUCGAUUCUGAAGUCCGUGUUGAGGUGCAGGCAUUCCGCACCCGUGACACUUGCAAAUGCGCGGUCAGCACGCGGGGUGAUGUGGACUGCUACAGUGAACUUCUCUCGGGACUUGAUGCGAAGUAUGGCACCCUGGUGCGCAUGACUUUCGAGCCGCAGGCCAGCGCUUCUUGGGUGAUGGGAGAUUGGGGAAGGUGUGAUCAAGCGGACUGUGUUACGCCAGCUGCCACGACCAAUCGAUCUGUGCGAUGCAGGGUUUUUGAUCCAGACGAUGUGGGUGAUGGUGGCGAGCGUUGCGCAGAGCCAGCUCCUGAAUCCGUACGGUCGUGCCAGGAGGCUCCCGAGUGCAUUCCGCCGGAAGCCUGUGAUGACUGCUUUUCAAUUGCACACUUAGCUCUGGACCGACAAGAUGCCGAUAUUAAUUGGAGUGCCAUUGUCAUGUACUCCAAUUCUGACUCGGUCUUUGUGGACGACACUGGGCGGCCACUGCAACUCAGGCUUCGACGGGGGGAAGCGGAGGUAAGCUGCAGCGCCACCUUCAGUGUGCUUCCAGCAGACUUGGCAUUGUCGAUGGCGUGUGUUUCACUGGUCAGUUGCAGCACAGGCAAAUAUGUGGUGCGGAGGUUCUCCGAGCAUUUCCGAAGCUUCCAGGACCUGAUGCUGUCCCAGGAUGAUGGCACCUUUCAGUUUCGCAUGCAAGCAACUUUCCACUUGAAGCGGGUGGCGGCGGCAGGGUAUGUGCUGGCGGAUCCAUACCACGGAGGCGAACAGAGCCCAGCCUUCGGUGUGGCACAGGGUGUGCCCACUUUGGUCUCACUGGAUCAGGCCCAGCAGAGUAGUCAAAGCUGUUCCUUGGAUCUCAUGCUGCUCGGUACAACCGAAGAAAUGUGCCGCGCCUCAACGACGCACCUCACGUGUCCAGACGCAUCAGAAGGGGUAUUCGGUCGAUGCUGUGUGCCUGGCAGCUGUCCCGAAGAUGCAAUUCCGCCACCGUCUCCCUGCACCACAACAGAAGAAUCACCCGGCUUGGCCCUGGUGAUGGCCGGUUUCUGUGAAGAUGUUCGGUGUUCCCCGAUAGAGGGUCGAGAGGAGUGUGAGCGAGCUGCAGCUGCUAUGGGCUUCACUGGCAGUGGUGGUUCGGCUGCAUCUGCACAAUUGCGUCUCUCUGACAAUCUUCCUGUAUUCUGCUCUUGGGAAUUUGCGACGGCUGACAAUGGCUUCCCCGUCCUGUGGCUGAAUAAAAUCCUUGGGCGAGGUGCCGAAGCUACGGAGCGGAUUCCGCAGCUGUGCCGUUGCGGCGAGCCUCGGCCGAGCCGGAUUUACACAUGGUCGCAAGGCGAUUGGAGCGCCUGCAGCCGAUCUUGUGGACAGCAGAUGAGAUACCGUCGUGUGGUGUGCCACGAGCUGAUUGGGAUUGCCCUGCAUGCAGACAGUGCUGACUUCUCAGGUGCUACAGGAAGCCGUGAAGUUGAACCCCUCUACUGUCGCCAGGCAAACCUGGAGGAGCCCCACUCUUCUGAGCCAUGUUCCACGCAAGUUUGUUGGGCUGUGGAAGAGAACACGCGCUGUGCCGGAACCAAUCGUUUGCUGAUGACCUCGGAGGUGCACGAGGGCGCGUGGCUGGUUGAGCCUAGCAAUGGCACGGCAGGGCCGCACUGCGUUGCUAUGAAUGCCUCUUCUGUGGCGGCGGUGGCCAGUUCCGUUGUUCCAAAGCUUAUUGGGAUGCCAAUCGACCUGGAUGUUGCCAUGGAUCCAGAAGUAGCCUGGGAAUUGUGCCGCGUGAUGUGCGCGCGACUGGGGAACUGUGUUGGAUUCACCUUUUUCACACAUGUUCGGGGUGACCCCAACAGCGCUCAGUGUUGCUUUUUGCGGCGUGCAUCUCGCUGGCAGCCCAACUUCCGGAGAGCUACUUGCCAUCUGGCGCAAGGAUCGCCGACACGGAAUGGUUGCUACUGCCAGGUGGGUUGGGAAAUGGACCCAGGUGACGACAGCAUGGUUUGCGACGGGCAGAGGCGAGGCUGCUGCACAACGCCAGACAGCGGAGCCAGAUCCUGGUGUCCAACGACGUCACCAAGCUGUGGUACGCAGCGCAUUCACCAGAAACACUCAGAUGUCUGUGAUCUUGCUGGUGUGGCAGCAGUUUCGGACCAGACUUGUCGCUCGCAUCAGCAACUCGCUGGUCGAAACUGUGCAUCUGCAAGAGGCAUAUCUGAAUGCAAUCAAAUCGCGACGGUGCUCGGACUGCCAGACACCACUCCGUCCCUAACGCUUCGCAUGGACAUGCCCUCGGGUUGCGUGUGGCAGAAAUCCACAUCCCAGCUUUGGCUGAACCAGCUGGUCGAUGCAGUCAAUGCAUCAGAUCCAAGCCACAAAGUGUCCAUGAUGGCUUCGCAGGAAAUGGCUGAGCUCUGCUCUUGCCCACCAUCUGAAGAGCUACGAUGGGAGGUCGGGGAAUGGGGUCCAUGCCAUACGGUUCACCACGGAGACUGCUACGGAGCGAGACACAGGGAACGGUCAGUUUUCUGCGUCCGGGCCAACGUGCACGAGACUUCCCGCCGUGAGGUUGUGGCAAACUCACUGUGCCUGCGUGCACGUCCAGAUGCGCGGGAAGAGUGCAAUGACUGUGGCCGCCGAGUGCUGAAGGCAACGGCUGAGUUCAACCUGGACCAUCCAGUACCUGGCCUUCAGGAGCCAGUCUUCGAACGCGACUGCCAUGAGCAGCUGGCUGAUGCUGCCAGCCUCGCCACUUCCAGGAUGAGCAUUGGAAAAGUCGAGUGCUGCAAUACAGCGGCAUUGCGAGCAGAGCUGCUGGUGUCAGAUGGCUUGGGCGACUCGAGUGGAACCGCCGCUCUGGACCAUCUGAUCCACAUCUCACGCUCUGCAGCAGCUCGCAACCAGGUCUCGUGGACAACAGGCUUUGGCACGUUGAUGCAGUUCUUCUCCCUGCAACUACUCGGAAGCUUCGCGUGGGAUAUCAGUGAUGCAUGGGCCCCGUGCAGCCAGAAGUGUGGUGGUGGUGUCCAAUCACGAGAUGUUUGGUGCUCAUGGACCGACUUCGAGAUGGAGAAGAGGGUAGUGGAAGACUUGCAUUGUGACGCGGCAUCGCGGCCGGCGCAGCAGCGAGCCUGUGGGGAGCGAGCAUGCCAGAGCUGCCCGCCCUUCCACAUGGGCCCUCAGUACGUCGUGUCGGGAGGAAAGCAGGAGAUGGCACACGCCAAUAAAGUCUACGUCACUUGCGCGGCGGGCUAUGGAACCGUCGAUGAUGUGAGGCUUGUCGAGUCCGAGUGCCAGGAUGGCCAGUGGUCUCCGUUGGCGGUGUCAUGUGGUCGCAGCUGCCCUGCCUUCGUGGCAGCAUCCUGGAAGUAUGAAGUCCAUGGUACCGGAUUUCAGCAUGGAUCUACCCGGCAGAUCACGUGCAAACGCAGCGAGAGUGACGAUAUGGACUCUGUGGAAGAACCAUCUUCCGCAUCAGUCAUCUGCCAGGACGGGGCAUGGACCACUCCGUGGUUGGUGUGCACCGGAGAUUGCGUGACUCCAGAGCUCACCAGCGCGUAUGCGGUCAAUGGCAGCAGCGAGGGUGACAACAUUGCCCAGAAGGGUUCAGUGUGGCAUAUCAGCUGUGCGGCAGGAUAUGCGUCAUCGGGCCAGCCGCAGCAUCCGGUGCAACUACAAUGCGCAGAAGGAAGCUGGAGCGGACUCGAAGACAUUCCAGACUGCAAAGCAGACUGCCCUCGCUACAAGCUGUCCGAGGGCUACGAGGUGGUCGGUGAAGCAGAUGCCCAGUAUGUUGCAGCAUCGAUCUUGGAGGAGACGGAGACAUUGAGCAGCUUUGCACUGGAUGAUGUCCGGCGCAUGCAGAGCAACAUCACGGGGGUGCCGCACAGUACGUAUAUUGGCAUCCGCUGCGUGGACGGCUACGGUCGCGUCCCGGGAGCUGUGGAGCGGGUCGAGUGUAAUGAUGGACAGUGGAGUCCUUUGUCCUUGUACUGUGCAAAGGAUUGCAAGCCGUUCAAUGCCACAAUUCUUGAGCAAUCCCGCUUCCGGGUGAUCCGGGACAUGUCUCAACCGAAUGGUGAGUCUUUGGAGCCCUCUGCUCCAGCGACUGCUGCAGACGCCCCGCAUGGAAGCAAGGUGAUCAUUGGUUGCAAGCUGGAACAUGGGGAAGGCGAAGAUAGUGAGCGAGCGAUGAAGCGCGGCGCUGUCACCUGUGCGAAUGGCCGUUGGAUUCCCUCUGAUCUGCGCUGCUUCAGCGACUGCGAGGCCUUCGUCCCAGGGCCGGAGUAUUCUGUUUUGAUACCUGGAGCCCUAGCGUCGCAGAGGAAUCGCAGCGUUCCCCACGGAACGCAAUUGCUGGCAACCUGUGCGAGAGGCUUCUCAGCUUUGCCGCCCAUUGGAUUCAACAGAUCUGCUGCCAGCUUCCGAGGUGUGUCCGCCCUGAUCGAAGAAUCUGAGUGUGUCGACGGGACAUGGACAUCGUUGAUGUUGCGCUGUUUUCCAGACUGCCCGUCCUGGCCGAUGCACCAGCACUUGAUCGUCGACAGCGGUGGAGGCUUGCGAGUUGGCUCGAUCUUGCGGCUAGCUUGUGCGCGCCGUAGUGACCCAGAUGUGACGAUACGGUGUGGCACAGUUGGAUCCUGGGAGCUGCUGGAAGAAUACCAGUUUUUGGACGAUGACACCGUGAAGUUCCAAGUUGGACAGGUUCUGGACAAAGAGAACUUCACCUCCGUGUGUCCGUACUCGACAAUUUCCGUAAAGGAUGAUUUGAUCAACAUGCCCUUUUGGUCUAAGCUCUCGGAUGAUGAGAGGGCGAUGUUUAUGAUCCUUGCGCUGGGUUGCUUCGGCUCUCUGACUGGCCUCGCUUGCACCUACUUCCUUUCUCCAUACGUUUCCAACCAGCCGGAAGAAGAAUCGGAAGACGAAAUGGUCGAUGUCGAGCCAGUGCAUGGUGACGAUGAGAAUCCCAGCCUGCGCCGCUUCAACCUGCUCACUGGGGAGGUCGAAACCAGCGAGCGUCACGGUGGCAGAGGUGCACGUCGGCAGCGCCAGCGCCGCCGCAAAGGUGCUGCCUCACGUCUUGCUUGCGCAGUGGAGCGACGGGCCAGCAGACUAGCAAGCUGGCUUCAAGAACAAAGUCCACCUGCGACGGGCUGCAGCAACUGCGACCAGUUCGCUUCUCACAUUUGCUUCCCCUGCAGUCAUCUUUGCCUCUGCGUGGCGUGUGCUGAAGAUCUGGUGCGCAGCACCGGACGUGGCUUUCAGGAGGUGUUGCCAGAAGAUACUCCGGCUGGGCGGCCAUCUUGCCCUGUUUGUGGGCAGUUCGUCUUCUGCGUCAUCGAUGCCAAGCCUGCGAAGGUUUUCGAGGUGCCUGGGCCUCUCGACAUGGCGGUGACCGCCGCUGCCGCGGCUGCUUCGUCUCUUCGGAAAACGGCUGCCACUGCUGCAAGAGGUCAUGGCUUACAACGCGUAGAGUGGCCAUGGCUCCCAUCAGAUGGAGAUGGAGUGCCGCAGCACGCCAGGUGUCCCGUGGUGCUGGCAGUCUCGCCUCAUGUCGGCGAAGACUGUCAGCUCAGGGCGUUUGCGGCGACGCCAGGUGCAAACUUCGAGAACCAGCUGAUGCCAGAGGAUAUUCUGCAUCUACGUGCCCUGUCCAUGACCAUCAUGCAGGAUCCCAUCUGUGAGCUCAAAGCUGAAGAGGUAGAGCGCUACGUUCUUGACCUGAGUGAUCCCAUCGGCGAGUUGCCACUCUGGCAUCCGCGAAGGCUCGCGCACCAGAUUGGUGAUCCGUUUCGGGUGCGGAAGUUGACGGUGGCUAGGUACCACAAGCUGAUCCUAGAGAGACUUGAUAACGAACCCCUGCUUGAUGCAUUCGGCGUGGAUGCGGGUUUCAACAUGCAGUCCUACUUCAUGAUCCUGCACGCUUGGCUGAUCCACCAGCGUUUGGUGCUGGAGGGCUCCAAGGCCAAAAAGAUUGACGAAGAGUUGUUCGAGCACUGCUGGAACAUGACGAGGUCCUGGCUCGUUCUGAAGCGUGUUCCCGAGUAUAGAUUCGACGCCGAACUGCAGAACGUUCAAGAGUACAUGCUUGGAGCCUGCAUUGCCAUGGAUAAGGCACUCGAGAGGCCAGAUGUGCUUCCAGCCCGAGUGCAGCAGUGCCUGUGGGCCAACAUGUACUCUGGAUCUGUCAAUAAGGACCACAAGGGCCUGACGCGCCUGACAAAGUACAUGCUGCGACAGCUUGGCCUAAUGCUUCAGCUGGACUCUGACCGCUUCCUCAGCGGUCAAUUCGUUUGGGCAGACUUCCCAGUGCGCGACAAGCCGCGGAAGCCGUUGGCGCUGCCGGAGUGGCGCGCAAGGUUCCGAGUUGAAAUCGAGGAGAACAUCGAGCACAUGGAUCCCACAAACCCCACGAAUCCGUUCCGCGACCGGGUUCUGAGCUCGCCAGAGCCGAAAGACAAGCUGGGCAAGUAG